UGAUAUUCCAAACCCAUAUCUCGUGCUUUCGUGCACACAGAGAGAGAGAGAGAGAGAGAGAGGAGGUUCUGGGAGCUUAGAUCUAUGAUGGAUUUCUUCAAGCACGACAAUGUCCGUUUUCGGAGAUGAAUUUGAGUAGGUUCGAGCGAUUUCUACUGCAAUCGAUCGUUUUUAAUGCUUGAAUUUUCCGAAUCAGUUUGAAUUCUGAGGAGUUUCGGAGCUCAAACGCUAAAAUCACGCUCUUUCUGGUGUAACUGUGGCAUAAAGCCUUGAUUUUGUGCAAGAUCUUCAGUCUUAUUCUGUUCAGUUCCCACAAAGACUCACGAUGAUUCAUACUAAGUCCGAGUCCGACAUCACUAGUUUAGCCCCUUCGUCACCAAGGUCUCCAAAGCAGCCCGUUUACUAUGUGCAGAGUCCUUCACGGGACUCUCAUGAUGGCGACAAAUCCUCUUCGAUGCACGCGACUCCCAUCUACAACAGCCCGAUGGAGUCACCUUCGCAUCCUUCUUACGGACGUCACUCAAGGGCCUCUUCUGCAAGCCGGUUCUCAGGAAUGUUUCGGUCCUCAUCUGGUCGGAAAGGGAACAGAAAGAGGAAUGAUAAGGGUUGGCCUGAGUGUAAUGUAAUUCAAGAGGAGGGCUCUUAUGACGAUCUCGAGGGAGAGAGGGGAUUCUCUCGACGUUGCCAGGUCUUGAUUGCCCUUUUGGUUUUCAUUCUCCUCUUCACUGUCUUCUCACUUAUCAUCUGGGGGGCCAGUCGGCCAUACAAAGCAGAGAUUGUUGUGAAGACGCUGGCUGUAAGUAACUUCAAUUUGGGGGCGGGAUCAGACUAUACAGGGGUCCCAACAAAGAUGGUGACGAUGAAUUGCUCAUUGAAGAUAGGCAUCUACAAUCCAGCUACGCUGUUUGGUAUUCAUGUCAGCUCCACACCCAUCAAUGUUAUCUAUGCAGAAAUCCCUAUGGCAACCGGACAGCUGAAGAAGUACUACCAACCGAGAAAGAGCCACCGGACUGUGUCUGUGAUCCUCCAAGGAACCAAGGUUCCUCUGUAUGGUGCAGGAGCUAGCCUAACAGUAUCCGACAAUGCUGGUGGCAAAGUUCCACUGAGGAUUGAGUUUGAGAUCCGCUCACGAGGAGAUGUAGUGGGAAAGCUGGUGAGAACAAAGCAUCACAGGUACAUCUCCUGUGCCAUUGUCAUGGACACUACUAAAACUAAACCCAUCAAAAUCUCACAGAAUUCUUGUACGUAUGAUUGAGUUCAAUUCUCAUACGAUUCAAGAUUAAAGCUCCUGGGUUCACUCAGACACCGCUCCACAUCUCCCUACCAAUAUCACAUAUUCAAUUCCAGCUCAGCUGCUGAACAAAAAGAAGAGAGAGAGAGAGAGAGAGAGAGAGAGAGAGAGAGAGAGAGAGAGAGAGAGAGAGAGAGAGAGAGAGAGAGAAGCAUUUCCUUUAUGUUUUUGGUUUUUCAUUCACAUGUUUGGAGUGAUAAAGCUGUGAAUAAGGUCUAUUUAUAUUGGGGGUGGAAAAUCUCCUGUUGUUGUAAUUCUUAGCGAUAUGUGGUGUAUUUCUUUGUUGUUUAAUUCUUGCCGGCAUAACGGCUUUAGUCAGAUCUUAA